UCGUUUUUAACCGGAGUUCAAAUGUGCCUACAGCUUUAACUGACUCCUAGAUUAUACGAAGUCCCCUCCUUUGGCCUCGUUGGUUUCAACAAUGAUUUCUCCAGGUGGUUGCAGGAUGAGAUCUUCACAUCUCUUUUGUCAACCACUUGACCCAGUUCCUUACAUGCGCUACGCAUACAUGUUCCAUGAACAUGAUCAAUUUCUAUUUACACUGCUCGCCUAUAAAAAUCAGAUAAUUCCAAAAUUCAACGCUGUUCCAUCCAGUAAAGUUGCCCCCUCGUCAAACGCACUACUGUCCGCCUACCUCGAGUCGAUGGAGGAGGUCGCUACUACUGUGCAAUUUGUUGGUCGGUUGAAGCUUGCAACAACAGAGCCAAGUGAGUGACGUUUGCACGAACAUUUUCUCUGAGUAAAUGGAGUCACCGGUGGGUCGCUGUGCAUAACUCCUCUGCCUGACAGGACACGAUGAUGUGCAUAAUCGUUUUCCAUUGCUGGACGAGCAGAUUCCGCCUAGAGAAGCUUGCAGCUUGCGACGAUGGCUUUCAAGGGCAGAAACAUGUGGAUGCUGGUCAUAGUGAUUUAUGUGGGAUUCGUCUUCACCUCUCUGCUGCGUACAACGAAAGCGAGUUCAAUGGAAUCAAGUCCGGAACCAGUGAACACGUACACAACUGCUUUCGCCAGGAGCCUCAAGAAAUAGAAGACAGAAGCCCACGGAGCUAUGGUGGUAGUGGUCUAUAUCCGAUCGUUCCGACCGAGCCGAUCAUUCUCGACUAUCACCAUGGUCCCAUCUUGACAGGAGCGAACGAUAUAAUCAAGCUGAAUGGCAUCUACCUCUGCACCUUCUCCUACAAACAGAAAACGUCUCUGCUGCUCAUACUCAAAUUAAUAUGGACUGCCAAAGGUGGGCUCCGAGACAGGAAUGGCUGGCCAACUGUGGCAAUCACUCGCUGUGCUUGUAUCUCCACAACACACCUCUAGCUCGCUGCAUAGUCAUAGGGCGAGAAGUCACAGAUUCGUACUCGAUGGGCAAGAAGAGGCUCAAGCAGUCCGGCAUUUAGGCACUCGUGCUGAAGGUUGUGAAGCAGACAGAUUUUACAGCCGAAGCUCGAAGCAUAUGCCUCGUUCUCACCGCUGACGAUGUGCUGGUGGAGAAUUUUUGCAUGAGCAUGUGUGCAGCACGAUUGUACGCCUUACCGGCCGCCACUGAAAAUUCGCAGAUGGUUCCAUAGGAAGGAUUGGAAAUCCAGGUUGGAAAAUCGCUGGCCUUAUGCUCUUGCACAGUAAACAAUAAACGGUCGUUCAUGUCGCUGCUUCAGCUGC